AUGGCACAUGCGAACAGAAAAACAACAUCCACCAGUUGUUCUUUAAAAGGAACCUUGCAAGCCAAAACGGAUAAUGCCAGCCGCCCCAUCAAAGCAUGUUCAGGAGCUAAUGAAGAAGGCGAAACGCAUGGAAAAAAAACACACAGAAACUUCUUGUCCAAAACAGCGGCUAUCCUGUUUGUUGGUUCUGCGUAUAUCUUUUUAAAACACCAGGAUGACCUCAAGACACAGAAUAUUAUUGCUUCUACAUUACGACGAAAUAGAAAUGUUGCUAGAAAUUUAGCUAUGACAAUUGAAGAAGCAACUCCAUCAAAAGAUAAGUUUCAACUAGAAGAUAUCGAUUGUGUAGAAAGUGAAGAUACCGGGGAAGACGUUCCUGCAGCACAAACACGAGGAGAAGCUUAUUUAGAUGGGGAGGACGAGAUACAAGAAGAAGAAGAUUCUGAUGAAGACUGGGAAGAAGAACCUUCAAAGGACAACACAUCAUUUCUUAGGGGAGAAGCAAAAGUUCCCGGACCAGAAACAACGCAGGGUUCAGAUGAAAAGGUCGGGGUCAAAACACAUGACGUGCUAGCUGAUGCCAUAUAUGAUGAUGUCUCCACAGUCCCCAAAUCACAUGAUGCGCUAGAUAAUGAUAACACAAAAAGGCAAGGGAGGAAGCAACAAAGGAUGGGAAAAGGACAUACAAUUGAGAAAUAUGACGGAAAAGUAGCAGAAGAUAGGGAAAAAUAUGGAAUCCAUAGGUCGAUUGAAUUGCACUACGAAAUCAACAUGGCACAUGCGAACAGAAAAACAACAUCCACCAGUUGUUCUUUAAAAGGAACCUUGCAAGCCAAAACGGAUAAUGCCAGCCGCCCCAUCAAAGCAUGUUCAGGAGCUAAUGAAGAAGGCGAAACGCAUGGAAAAAAAACACACAGAAACUUCUUGUCCAAAACAGCGGCUAUCCUGUUUGUUGGUUCUGCGUAUAUCUUUUUAAAACACCAGGAUGACCUCAAGACACAGAAUAUUAUUGCUUCUACAUUACGACGAAAUAGAAAUGUUGCUAGAAAUUUAGCUAUGACAAUUGAAGAAGCAACUCCAUCAAAAGAUAAGUUUCAACUAGAAGAUAUCGAUUGUGUAGAAAGUGAAGAUACCGGGGAAGACGUUCCUGCAGCACAAACACGAGGAGAAGCUUAUUUAGAUGGGGAGGACGAGAUACAAGAAGAAGAAGAUUCUGAUGAAGACUGGGAAGAAGAACCUUCAAAGGACAACACAUCAUUUCUUAGGGGAGAAGCAAAAGUUCCCGGACCAGAAACAACGCAGGGUUCAGAUGAAAAGGUCGGGGUCAAAACACAUGACGUGCUAGCUGAUGCCAUAUAUGAUGAUGUCUCCACAGUCCCCAAAUCACAUGAUGCGCUAGAUAAUGAUAACACAAAAAGGCAAGGGAGGAAGCAACAAAGGAUGGGAAAAGGACAUACAAUUGAGAAAUAUGACGGAAAAGUAGCAGAAGAUAGGGAAAAAUAUGGAAUCCAUAGGUCGAUUGAAUUGCACUACGAAAUGUCCUGUUUUGAUGAAAGAUUGACAGAUUCUGAAAUAAAUACAACAUUAGAACAAAUGGAACAGGAACCUCAUACAUGGGAACUACUGUCUCUAUACUGGCAAUCAUACAGAAAUGAAAGAAAUACAUAUUUUGCCCUUAAAAGAUACUUAAAAGAAAAAUUUUUAGAAUUACAAAAACAACAAACUAUUGCAACUAUCCAAAUAUAUAACAAGAAAUGGAAUAAGUGUGAAGACAUAAUUAAUAAUAACUUGACAAAACAACAUGAACAUGUUAGUGAAGUAUUUUAUACUAUGGUGGCAAAGGAAAAAUUGAGCACACAUGAAUUCAAAAAGAUCUUAAAUGAUUUCAGAGAAACGUGGAAAGAACUCAUUAUUAAAACAGCAGUCGAAUGUAUAGCUGUUCUUCAAGAACCAAUUUCUUUGGAACUCAUAUACGUCGAGAAUGACCCUGGUGUCUUUGAGAUGAGGGUUCCAGGUUUUAUGGUUUCGCUCAUGCCGUAUGGCUCCAAGGGGAAAUUAGAUUCCAAAGUUGGAGCAGAGCGAUCAUCCCAAGUUUUACAGAAUGAGGAACAAGGCGAAAAAGCAGAAAAGAAGCCCCAGGAAUCUUCACUGGAGGGUGGCGCUGCUAAGCAAAAACCAGAACAAAAUAAUAAACAUCCCGGCAGUCCUAGUGGAGAAUCCUUUAAGGAACCAGUCGUUCAAGCUAAGGAAAAAGCUGCAAAGGACAAUGCAGAAUCUGUUACGGGAGCAACAAAAGUUCCCGGACCAGAAACAACGCAGGAAUCAGAUGAACAAGUAGAGGUCAAAAGACAUGACAUCCUAGCUGAUGCCAUAUAUGAUGAUGUCUCCACAGUCCCCAAAUCACAUGAUGCGCUAGAUAAUGAAAACAACAAGGGGCAAAUGACGGAGAAUAAACGGAAACAGGCAGGACAUACAAUGGAGAAAUAUGAAGGCAAAGUAGCAGAAGAUAGGGAAAAAUAUGGAAUCCAUAGAUCGAUUGAAUUGCACUACGAAAUGUCCUGUUUUGAUGAAAGAUUGACAGAUUCUGAAAUAAAUACAAAAUUAGAACAAAUGGAACAGGAACCUCAUACAUGGGAAUUACUCUCUCUAUACUGGCAAGCAUACACAAAUGAAAGAGGUAAAUAUUUUGCUCUUAAAAAAUCUUUGCAAGAAAAAUUUUUAGAAUUACAAAAAAAACAAGCUAUUGCAACUCUCGAAAUAUUUAGCAAGAAAUGGCGUGAAUGUGAAGAGAUAAUUAAUAAUAACUUGACAAAACAGCAUGAACAAGUUAGUGAAGUAUUUUAUACCAUGGCUGCAAAGGAAAAAUUGAGCACACAUGAAUUCAAAAAGAUCUUAAAUGAUUUUAGAGAAACGUGGAAAGAACUCAUUGUUAAAACAGCAGUCGAAUGUAUAGCUGUUCUUCAAGAACCAAUUGCCCUAGAAUCAUAUACGUCGAGAAUGAUCCUUAUGCCUUUGGUAUGA